CUGUUUGAGUAAAUCAUGUAGCUGAAAUCGUAAGUGUAAAAUGCUGUGGAUAUUUGCAACUUCACCCGACCAGUAAAGGAAUCUUCGACAGGUUGUCCGCAUCAAUAGUUUUAUAUAGUAUGGGGUCAAAUUCAAAGAUCAGGCAAGAAAAUGGAUCUAGAUGUUUUAGAUACAGAAGAGAAACUCUCAUCUCAAAAUCAACCCUCCACUUCAAGAGGAAGCGGAGAAAAUGAAGUUCCAUGGAAAAGGAGAAAAUUUUCUGAAGAUGAUUGGGAUAGAGUAUCAGACACAGACAGCACCAGCUCAAAUGAUAGUGCGAACAGUAAUGCCACUGUAGCCUCUGGAAUUGAAAUACAUAUCAAACGAUUAUCUAGAAAACGUAAGGCUUCUACGACACACUCCGACGAUUCGAGCUCCUGUAGUAAACGACGAAAGUAUUUUGUCGAUAAUUUGGAGAUGCCCAGUGAUGGCCUCAAACUUAACCAGCAUGGGACUUACUUUCAAUUAAACUUGUUGAAGUUGGUUUUAUGGCGUGCCUGCAUCCACAAUUACGCUGAGUUUCGAUUGGCCACUGAACUACCAGAAGCAGAGAAAUUCGAUGAUGUUUCAUUUCAAUACCGCGAAAAAUCAAAUGAAGGUUGGAAAUGUCGUUUAUAUCAGGCAAAACAUAAAGAGGGCGGUCGAACUUCUAUCAUCGAUAAAGCCAAUCUUCUUGCAGUAGAUGAUGACGAGGAUUUUAGUAUACAGAAAUAUUUCAGGUCACUAAUGCGAAUCGAGAGGCGUUGCAAGGAAGAGUCUUUAUAUUCAACAUUUUCUGGUGCAAAAGUUGAGGAUAUCGUCAUCAUAACAAAUGCUGAUUUCACAAAAGAAUUGAAAGGUUUUUUCGAGAUCGAUACAAAACAUGGUAUCAAAAAUGAUGCAUUACUUGGCUUCGAUGACAUGCCACUUGCUCAGAAGUAUAAGUUUCCGUACCUGGCAAAAAGUGCAAUGGCAAGGGAGCUCAUACCUAUUCUGGACAGUACUUCAGAUUUCAACAAACUUGUGCAGCUACUCGCUCCUUACAUUGUGAAUGGGUUCCAACUCGACAAGACUCUCCCAGUGGUGAAAGAGUAUAUAUUUGCUUUGAAAAGGCAUGUUUUUGAGCAUGGAAAACUGGAUAAAAACGAUGAAUUUUGUCUAAAAUUCUCAUCAAAUUUUUUGAAAACCGGCCAACAAUCCACUGAAACUCUCAAAUUUCGGAACGCCCUUCUUAAAGAAAUUGCUUUUUUGAAAAGCCCUCCACAAUUUAGAAUGGCAAAGAAUUUUGGAAUUGAUCAAUUUCCCGAUAAUCAAACAAAGUUGAAAGAACUAGGAAAAAAGUUUGCUACUUUUGUAGAGAAGAAAGAAGAAUUGAAAAUAGCGGAUUUCACUGACAGUCACACAGUUUUGGCAAAAGAAGUCAUUAAUUGCAGCACACGGAAGUUACGUAGUGCCUUCAUCAAUCCUGACAAUGUUCGGAUUCGCACUUUCCGGGAUCUAUUAAAAGGAGAAAUCGGCUCGUUAAGGAACGUGAAAAGGGUAACGAAUAAGGAUUUAGAGUCUCUACAAGUAAUUUGCUCGCAGGAUUUUGGCCAAGCAGGUCUGCCCAAUGACUUGGAUAAACUAGAUAGAAUUGCGGAUUCACUGGCAGCAGCGUUCAAGCAGAAAAAGGCUCUUGAUCCUUGUUUAGCGCCUGAAUUGAAUUUUUAUCAUUGCGCGCUGUCAAAAGAGGUGGUGGACAUAUCUACUGGGUAUCUUCACGAUGCGUUUUUAAAAGGAGAAGGUGAUGGGAAUUCCAAUAAAGCAAAUAAGUUACCAGCCAACACAAAGGUGUUUCGAAGACUGCUCAUCGAUAAAAUCAUAUCGGAUGAUAAGUUAUUUGAGAUGCGAGCUUAUUUUGAGAAAAUCCGUGUACCAAUUUCGAAAGGUCUGGCUGAAGACUUUCAAGCAGACAUGGACCCAAAAAUCGAAGGACCAAAAACAUUUGCAUUGCAAAUGCAUCAAAUUUUGACAUCGCAGGCAACUACAAAAAACUGUUUCGUUCUUAGUAAAAAUUGUGUUUUUGGAUCACAAACUGAUCUGAGGGUAUUUGAAGCAAAUAUUUGCGCUUUAGCGGAGGGAAAUGUGCUGAUUACCAGAUUUUCGAAAAUACGUUUUAGCACACAUUUCAUAGAGUCAGCGAAACUCUUAGGAAAUUUGGAUAUAUUCAGAAACGAACUAGUUGUUCUUCUUGGUCAUGAUAACUUCAAACUAAUAUCGGAAUGCUCGUUUGAUGUGCACGUGGCUGGCUUUCGACCUCAUCGCGAAGAAUCCAUCUUUCAAACACUGCCCCAACCUUGCAGUGACACCGAUUUUAAGGACUUCUUCGAGAAAUUGCGAUUCAUCGUCAAAUAUCCAAAUCGAUUGGAGAUAGACCAUUUGCUCGAGAACGAAAUGAGGGACCAGUUACGCAAUCUGAAUAGCAAGGCAUAUAAAGCGCUUUUCCAAGAAAAUCUGUACAGAUGGAUGACUGACCGCAUCGGCACUUUUUAUACGGCAGAAAAGGCUCGACAACUUUUCGACGAAAUCGACCGAGAUGUGCUUUGUUGGCCAAUGCAUGGCGUCAACAGAUCAUACUUUUCAUCAGUUCCUAUGAGGUAUGUCUUCAACACUCAAGCCGAUCUAAUUUCCAGUUUUCUCAAGAAUAACGAUGUAAAAGUUUUAAAUUUAAUAUUUGAAAAGCGACUACUUGGACGAAUGAGAAUCGUGCAAACUUUCUUGAACUUGCAAAAAGCAGACCCAGUUGAAACACGUGUGUAUACACGAACGUUUGGAUAUAUAUUCUUCAUGCUGAAGCAACUAGAGAACCCAGAUUUCUAUAAGGAAAUAGCGAGUAAUUUCGAUAGUGAACGUCAAUGGAAUUUAGUUGUCAUUGAGGCCAAUAUUCAGAAGAAGGUGCGGAAGCUCUACAAAAGACUGAAAACUUCUAUUAAACUAGAAAACCCAUCACGAAAGAUAAUCCUAAUAUCGGAGCCACAAGAUCGCAUUUCAAAUACAUUGGAAGAAGACCCUGUGCUUCAGAAGCUAUCGCGGAAAGAAAUUAUUAGAACAAGUUAUCAUGACUUAGUUGCCGAAUCACAAGAUAUGAUUUCGGAGAAGGGGAAAUUGUGGCUGCAGAGAUCGGAGCUAAAUGUAAACCAAAUAAUUGAUGACUCCCUGAAAGGCUUCAUCGACGCCAGCACCUUGGUCAAAUUUAUCGUUGGAGACCGUGUAAAGAUUGGCAAUAAACUAGAAUUUCCAGAAGGUUACGACCCAUCUCACUAUAUUGAUCGUUUCCUGAAUUUUUACGUAGAAAUCAAAAGUGAUGUGCGUAACAAAUGUGCUGAUGUUUUAAUUAUAAGUGAUUUCGAAGAUGACUUCAUUGAAGCUUGCCGAAGGUAUGAUGAAAAAGAAAAAAGGAGUAUACAUUGGCUUCGUUCAGUAUCUGGAAAACUGAUUUGGCAGAAAACCUGUGGUACAAUCUCAGCACUUGUGAGAUAUCGAGACGAGCAAAGGAUUGGUGUUAAUAUCGUCGGUCGCAAUCUUAUACCAAUCAACAAGUCGCCCGAUUCCACCAAUACUCAGAGCGAAAUCGAAGUGAUCAGCAGCAACGAGAAACUUUUGAUCAUCUCAAACGUUGCUGGAAUGGGCAAAACCACUGUCCUUUCGAGUAUUUCGAAACGCUUCAGAAUUAAUGACCGCAAAUUGUGGGUGGUACGAAUUGACCUCAACGACUACUCAUCUUUUUUUGACCAGGAGCUUUCUUAUCGCAUCGCAAAAAAGCCGAGACUCAAAUGUAAGGAUCGAGAUUCAGCUAUCAAAUUUUUUCUUGACUUACUUCAAUCGAAUGGAAAAUCUGAGCUCAAAACCGAUCUAGAAGUGAACCUUCUCGAAACUGUGCUAAAGCAGCCUUCCAAACUAAAAUUCAUCUUCCUUUUCGAUGCUUUUGACGAAAUUAGCCCCGGUUACAAGGACAUUGUCUUGGAUUUACUACUUGGUCUGCAGUUAAGUCAUGUUCAAAAAUUAAUCGUCACAACACGACCUUCAAUGCAACAGCACUUAGAACGAGGUUUGGGUAUGUUCGCUUGUACGUUACGUCAGUUCUCUAAGGACGAGCAAAUUACCUUCCUGAGAAAAUUUUGGGCAAAGCGAAUGAAGUCAUUGAAAGUAGAUCAACUAGUUGAAUCGUCCGUCUUGAGUGAACGAUUGAGCAUUUAUGCGAACACUAUUAUCCAAAAGCAAUCCGAUACAAUCAGUGAUAAGCACUUGGAAUUUACGGGAAUACCAUUGCAAUUAAGGUUUUUGGCGGAAAUUUUUGAGGAGAAUGAAGAAGAAUGCGACUGGCAGGGAUGUAAAGAGUUUAUCGGUUCAACGAAUGCCAUCCCCAAACUUCCAGAACGACUGAACGUGUUUGAUUUAUAUAGAAAGUUCAUCGAGAAGAAAUACUUCAUAUAUCGAAAGGACAAAAUGCGUCAGGACAUGACAAACGAAGCAACCAAAAUUGAGAGCCUUGAUUCCUUUAAGACAUUCAUGAAACAACAUCAAAAAUUAGCACUUUAUGCCACCUUUGACAAAGAAGAUCUAGAGGUGUUACUUUCUGCAUGUGGAGAUUUUGAUGAGGAAAUGGAGGAAAUCGUAACUUACAUGGAUCGAAUUGAGUCCGGGAGGGAAAUGCGUGGUAUUGUGAAUCAGAUUGUAAAUGGAAGACCACAUUUCAUUCAUCGAACAAUAUCUGAGUAUUUUGUUGCAGAUUACUUGGGCACAACUUUUGUUAGAAAAGUACAACAUCGAUCACUGCAUGAAUUACUCCUUACAAAAAUCUUACCCAGCGUAAUUGAAUUCAGACCAAUCAGAGCAUUUUUCGAAGCUUGGCUAAGCAGCGAGAAGCACCGAAUUUCAAGUAGUACAAAGAAAAUAUUCGCCGCGUCUAUCGUUGAUGUCUGGUUAAAAAACGAGAAAAAAGCUAAUUUUCUACAUGUCGCCUGUGAAGAAGGCUUCACGGAAACCGUGAGUUUUAUCUGUGAAUGCCUCAGAGACAAUGUCGAGCUUCUACGCGAGAUGGUUAAUUCUGCCAGCGGUGAGAGGACGAUGUUAUACCAAGCUUCAUUGGCAAAUAAUUUGGAUAUUAUUAAAAUCUUGGUGAAGUGUGGCGCAGAUGUAAAUACCCGUGUUUAUGGACAUACUGUAUUCCAGUCUGCAGUUGGGCAAGGACGCUUUCAAAUUUGUAAAUGGCUAGCCACACCAAAGGAAGAAGGAGGACCUGAUGCUGACAUCGACACAAAAGCUGAACUUGGACGCACUACGUUUGAUAGCGCAGUUCAUCGAGGAGACUUAGAUUUUUGUAAGUGGUUGAUCGAACGUGGAUUGAAGUUUAAUUCAAAUGAUAAUGUCGGACGCACGCCACUACAUGGUGCUGUACUUAGUGGACACUUACAUAUCGCUCAAUGGCUUAUCAGUAUUGGAGCAGAUAAAACUGAGUGCGAUAAAAGGGGUCGAAAUAUUUUGCACUAUGCAUGUAUGACCGGUCAACUAAAUAUUGUAAAGUGGUUGGUCACGCCAAUCGAUGAAAGUGGAUGCGGGAUGGAUAUCCAUCAUAAAGAUAACGCCGGCAUGUCUGUUCUGCACACUGCGAGCACUGCUAGCAAUCUUGAUUUAUUGGAAUGGUUUCUGGAUCAAGGAUUUGAAAUUAAUUCCACCGACAACGCGGGUAGAACCCCACUACAUUUAGCUGCUCAUUUGGGCCACUUAAGAGUAGUCCAGUGGCUAGUAAAGAAAGGAGCUGAUCCAAAGGCAGUUACUCAUACGGGUCUAACAGUUUUACAUCUUGCAGCGAACGCUAACAAGCCUGCAACAUGCGAAUGGCUACUUGAACAAGGCUUAGAUCCAUAUACUGCAAACCACAAUAACAUAUUCCCAAUUCAAAUGGCGGCUGUUAAAGGACACUUGGAAAUAGUUCAGAAGUUAUUAUUUGGAAAAAAUCCCACCUACGCAAGCCACCAAAAUGGCGAUACUCUCCUGCAUUUCGCAGCUUCAUCGGGUAAAAUUCCUAUAUGCGAGUGGUUGCUUCAACAUGAAGGAAUUAAGAAGGCUGGAUUACAUAUAAAUAGUAGUGGACGAGAUGGAGGCAAAAUGAUACAAAUUGCAACUCAAACGAAUCUAAAACUGUUAAAGUGGUUGAUCAGCAAUGGAGCGGACAUAAAUUGCAGAGACAAUAAUGGGUAUACCGUUCUGCACUAUGCAGCUGGAUAUGGGAAAUUGGAAAUUUGCAAGUGGCUAGUCAAGUCGAAGGAAGAGGGUGGUGCUGGAAUUGACGUGACCGUUAAAGCUCAUGGUGAUAGCACUGGUUUGCGUUUGUUUAUCGGAAAUGAAAGUGUGAAAUUAUUAAAUUUAUUUGUAGAGACGUCUCACCUCGAGGGAAAUAAUAGCAACCAAACUGCCUUAGAUAUAGCUCAAGAAAAGGGGCAUCGGCCGAUAGUGACAUUUUUAAAAGAUUAUAUUAAUAAGAAAUUUAAUUGUAGUAGUGAAAAAAUGCAAACUUAAGUAUUUGUGUCUGUAUGUAUGUAUUUUUAACGUUUUUCCAAUAAUAUAAA